AUGUCGAACCCAAACGACGAGAUUCAACCUCAGGCAACCUCAGCCGAUGCUGAAAUGUCGAACAAGGGUCAGUUAUCUCCAGAGGAGGGAAUGAGCUCCAAAAAAGGUCGCGGUCUCCUUAAGGUUCCCUCGAGAUCAUCGUCACAGCGGAACCAAUCGUCACCAACAUCGACGGGGUUGAGUGGGGCUACAGUCAGCGAUCCCCGGAACAGUAUCGGAAGCCGAUCGAAAGACUCCAAAGGAAGUCUCCGGGCGCGACGACGGAACGGAAGUACUUCAAGCAACAGGACUGGAGGCGAAACUGAACCCACAAACACCGCUGCAAACACACAGCCUAACUCUCCUGUUGCCCCCUCCCAGAAGAAGAAGCGUGGUGGUCUAUUGGCUUUUCUUGGAUGCUGUGGUACGCCUGAAGGCCCCGCUGGCAACGAGGAAAACAACGAAAACGUACACAAGCUCGACGUCCUACCGCCUCGCCCGACAUCUGCAAGGUCGCGUACCAAUACUCCUCAGGAACAACCUAGGCCAGUUGCUGAAAGAGAGUCUCAAGUCACUGCCCCCGCACCGGAGCCAAAGGACGAGGCUACCUCAUCAGGCCACGCCAACGACGAAAUCACAACGGCAGAGCUAGAAAACAGGGAAUCGAAGCAAUCGGUUCCCCCUUCAGUCACAGUGGAGCCCCCCAAGCCUACGCCCACAGAAGAAGAGCCUCAGGUGGCAGACAAGACGCCUAAGCCUAACAACGGUGACGUGGAUAUGCAAGAUGCUCCUACUGAGGAGCUAGAAGAGGCACCUGAAGCCCCUGCAGUCGAAGCUCCAACCCAAAGAACGAUACCACCCCCACCCCCAGGCCCUGCGGUCGUGGCACCCAGUCAAUUCACAGAUGCUGGCCCAUCAGCACCCGAACCGCAGAAGUGGUUGUUGCCCCCAAUUGCACCUGAGCAUAAGGGCAGAAAAUGCCUGGUUCUCGACUUGGAUGAGACUUUGGUUCACAGUUCCUUUAAGAUCUUACAUCAAGCCGACUUUACGAUUCCUGUCGAGAUUGAGGGUAACUACCACAAUGUUUACGUGAUCAAGCGACCCGGCGUCGACGAAUUCAUGAAGCGUGUUGGAGAGCUCUAUGAGGUUGUCGUCUUUACAGCUUCCGUUUCUAAGUAUGGAGACCCGCUCUUGGACCAGCUGGACAUUCACAAGGUUGUUCACCACAGACUCUUCCGUGAGAGCUGCUACAACCAUCAAGGAAAUUACGUCAAAGACUUGUCCCAAGUUGGCCGAGACCUGAAGGAUACCAUCAUCAUCGAUAACUCGCCCACCUCCUACAUCUUCCACCCACAGCACGCUGUACCCAUCAGCAGUUGGUUCUCCGAUGCCCACGACAAUGAGCUACUAGACCUCAUACCCGUCCUUGAGGAUUUGGCAGGGCCCAACGUCGCUGACGUCAGUCUUGUUCUCGAUGUUACACUCUGA